UGGUUGGUCGUCGCCUCGUCGGGCGUUGGAUUGGACUGCCUCGCAGAUCAGUCUUCAGUGUUUUGCAGUCAGUUUCGAGUUUCGAUUGUUGAUAUUUGGCAAUUCGUUAGCUACGAUCUGUCACGACUGUCAUCUGGACGUUCGGCGUCACGACGCCCGUUAAUUUCCAGACAAAAUGCAGUAUCUGCUACUACUGUUUUUAGUAGUUUUGAUACAAACAUCGGUCGCACCGCCUGUUGAAAAGAAAAACGAGGAUCAUAAGGACAAGGAGAAUGAGGUCAAUGACUCAGACAAUGACGAUUUGGAAAAUUCGGAACAUCACAUGGAAUAUCACCGAUAUUUGAAGGAAGUGAUUCAUGCUUUGGAAAGUGAUCCGGAAUUCCGUGCAAAAUUAGAAAACGUUAAGGAAGAGGAUAUACAUACGGGCAAGAUUGCGCAUGAACUGCAAUUUGUGGACCAUAAGAUCAGAACAAAGCUGGACGAACUGAAACGAGAAGAAUUGGAGAGGUUGCGACAUUUAGCCACCAAAGAGUAUAAUCGUAGAAAUGGAUUGGAUAUAGACCAUUUAAAGAUAGCAGAACACUUGGAUCACUCUAACGUACAUACGUUUGAAAUAGAUGAUCUGAAGAAAUUAAUCAUCAAGACUACGAAAGACUUGGCGGAUGCCGAUAGACGAAGACGGGAGAAAUUUAAAGAAUACGAGAUGCAGAAGAAAUUCGAGGAAGAACAAAAGAUGAAGGGUAAUACCGAUAUGAAGGAAGAAGAAAGAAAGAAAUACGAGGAAGAAUUACAAGCGAUGAAGAAGAAACAUAAGGAUCACAAACCUUUGCAUCAUCCCGGUAGUAAGCAACAACUGGAAGAAGUAUGGGAAAAGCAAGAUCAUAUGGAGGAUCAAGACUUUGAUCCUAAGACAUUCUUUCACCUUCAUGAUUUGGAUGGAAAUGGUUACUGGGAUCAUGACGAGGUGAAGGCAUUAUUCUUGAAAGAAUUGGAUAAACUUUACUCAGAAGGCGCACCUGAAGAUGACAUCUACGAGAGGCGGGAGGAAAUGGAGAGGAUGAGAGAACAUGUGUUUACUGAAGCUGAUUUUGACCGUGACGGUUUCAUAAGUUACCAAGAAUUUUUAGUACAAACGAUGAAACCAGAUUUUCAACAGGACGAAGGAUGGCAGGGAUUGGAUGAGCAACAAAUUUAUUCUCAGCAAGAGUAUGAAGCUUUCCAGAAGCACAGACAGGAAGAAAUCCAGAAAAUGGUUGCCAAAGGAAUAUUACCACCACCCCCUGACACUGUACAUCUACCCCUCCAGCAUGAACAGUUCCCGUCACAGCACCAGCAACAGAACAACUUCCAGCAUCCACAACAAAUGCAUCCUUCGCAACAACAGAAUUCAGGACAGAUACCACCGCAACAACCAAUAGUUGGUCAUGUACCACAAUAUCAGGGCCAAUUGCCGCAGCAACAAUCCUAUCAUCCUCAAGUCCCACCACCUCAACAUUAUCAAAUUCCGCAACAGCAACAGUAUCAGGGACAACAGCCACAGUAUCAAAUGCCAGUACCGCAACAGCCGCAGUUCCAGGCUCAACAGAUUCAGCAAACGCAUCAGCAAUACCAAAACCAACUUCAUCAGGGUCAACAACAGUUCCAGGGUCAGCCUCAACAGGUUCAACAACAGACUCAGGGUCAGCCUCAACAGGUUCAACAACAGACUCAGGGUCAGCCUCAGCAGGUUCAACAGCAAUCACAGCCGCAACAAACACAGCAUCAAGUGCCACAAAAUACUCAGGGUAACAUUCCGAGUAGUCAAGAUGCUGCACAAACCAACCACAAUCUUCCACAACAACAAGAUUUGAAAUCCAUUAAGCAACAAAUCAAUCAGAACAAUAUACCGAACAUGUAGACAGUGUAGAUACAAAUAGUUGAUAAAAAUGUUUUUAUCUUAUUUCUUUUUAAAUCGUAGACCAGGCAGUUCUACGGUUCUCGAUUUAAAAAGAUUACUUGAGACUCUCGAAAAAAUUCUAACUCCA